AUGCCGAUAGAUUUAACUAUUAUCCGUAGCAAUAACCCGGCCAACGAACAUCCUAAAUUCAGCCCGGGCGACAGCUCUCGUGUCGCAGCACACCGCAAACGACGUCUGGUUUCACAAAAUGGCCGUAUUAAAGUUGCGAAUACAAACGUCCCCGGCAAACAUGAACGGUAUUUCGGCGACUUGUUUACAACGAUUCUGGAUAUGCCUUUCCACUGGAUUCUUGGUAUAUACUCGCUGGCGUACCUGGCUAGCUGGUCGGGGUUUGGCACUGUUUGGUUUUUAAUACAUUAUCUACGCGAAAUGCAUGGCUAUGAAGAUUUUUAUUGUGUUGAAAAUGUUGACAGUUGGACAACGGCAUUUUUGUUCUCAAUUGAGACACAAACGACAAUCGGCUACGGCGGUAGACAGGUAGGUUCGUUUAAAAAUAUUUGUUCAAAUUAUAAUUCACAUUGAACAGUUGGUGGGUUAAUUAUUGUGUGGUGCGGGUAAUAUUGUGAAAUAUUCCAGUUCACCGCCGGUGAAUAUUCGCUAUAUUGUUAGAUAUAAUAUUGCGUUUGAUUAAGAAAUUUCGCUUUUGUAUUGAGAUGUUUUAUUUAGUCAGAAAUAACAAAGAGUCGUUUUAGUUCAAAACUAAAUCACUCCCGUCGUCAUAACACCACAGGUACAGGCAGUGAAAGUUUUCCAAGCCGCCUUGAAUAUAGUUAUACGUUUGAGCUUAUAAAGGUUAUUAAAAACCAUCAUUAAGGCAAGAUAUUAUAAUAUUACAUGUUUUAUUUGUAUGCCCAUGCACUUCAUUUUGUCAUAGUUACUGUAGUGUAGAGUUAUUGCGUUUAUGCCACGUGUGCUGAAAAUAUUAACGAGAAUUUCUAUAUGACCUGCACUAAUAAUGUUCAAUUAUAACAAGUUUACUUACAGCUUAAUUAAAUUCGCAUUCAUUUUCUAGCAAGGCCAAGGGUUAAACCGCGCUACUAACACAUUGCAUCCCUCGAUCAAACUCGUGAAUAUCGCCACCCGCACUUCAAGCCAACAUUCAAUAUAUUUAUAUAUAAAACAAGUCACAAUACUUGUGCCUUUGGGGAUUUUGUAUUGGGAAAGUCUUGUGAACUUUAAACCGAAUUUUCACGCGGCGUUUUGUUUUUAUUAUAACCUAUAUGUAUUUGUAAUUAUUUCUCACCUGACGUAAAGCGUGCAUUUAUCUUGACUGUCAUCUAAAUUGUUAAUAAAGAUAAGCUGUAAAAUAUUGUAUCGAUAUAUUCACUCAACCCCCCAAAGCACAUCCAUCAAGGGCAUAUAUAAUGGUGAAGGUUUUUGUAUAGAUACAUUUUAUAAAACAAAUUACGGUUGCCAUUGAGUAAUUUUAAAAAGAACAAAAACUAUUUGAAUAGUCAAUAGACACUCCGAAAAUAGUUAACAUUUUAUUCAACGUUUCGACUAGGUUUGAAUCCCUUGAAUAAAACGUCGAAACGUUGAAUAAAAUGUUAACUAUUUUCGGAGUGUCUAUUUUGUUCUUUAUAAAACAACCUUCAGUAUUCGGUUAACAACCUUCUUCAGCAUUGAGUUCUAUCGAGUGAGAUACCCUAAAUACUGAUGUUUAUACCCAUACCCCUCGCGUUGGCAUCAUCGUAAUAUGAACGUGCGGGUUAAAGCUGCCAAGUGCUUAUAGUUGCAUAUUUCGCAACUUGCGCCGGGUUAUAGGUCUAUAUAAAAUGUACAAAAUUUACACUCGAUAUUUUCAUCUACAAAAACGUUUCAACAUUUAGUCCUAUCGCGGAGUAAGUUGCCCAAAACGCCUGAUAUAUAGCAUGCAAUGUUUACAUUUGCUGGCCGAUCUUGUAUACACUCACUGUCGUCGACAUAUCUCUGCUAUCAGUCAAAGUCCGUUUACAACAUUGCGCGAUUUAAUGCGAACGAGCAUAUAGGUGAGUUAUGAAUGUUCUGAGUGUAUGUUAUACUCUCUCAUCUGAAUAUUCGUAACUCGGGUGUAAACGGACAUAAUUCUUAAGGCUCUAUUCAAGUGUAUGUUUCACAAACGAACGUACACUAAGAGUUGGGGAUUGGGUUGCGUUUGGGGUCAAUAUAAAAAAAAUACAUUCGUGCGGGGUACGGAUGAAUUCAACCAUGAUUCCGCCUUGCUUUCAUGCGAAAUGUAUAUGCAUCACGAAAUUCAUAUUUGAGAUUAUAUCGUUAGGUUACAAGGCCGGUACGGUUAAAUCCAGGGUCGCCUUGGUCAGGUGUGCCUCAACAGUGAAUCCACUAGACCUUAUGUUGAUUAACUGCUGUCGCACUAUGUAGUAAACUAAGACACUAACUGUGGUUUAAUAAAUGUGGUUUUUAACCCACCAAACAUAAUAGCGCUCAAUUUAACACUUUGACAAUGUAUAAUUAAACAGUUAAACUGUUAAAGCAAGUUAUCUCCUGUUUUCUUGUCUGUAACCCAUACACGCGGCAUCGUCAUGCAACCAAAUGAAAAUUUUAGCUGUUUGUACUUGUAGCCAAAUUAUCAAAUCGCAUGUCGUCUGUCGAUACUUGUCACUUUCAUUGUAUUGCAGCUGGGAUGCGAACGAUAACAAGACGUCCUACUGUCUUGUCGUAGAUUUUCAGAAACCUUGCACACACACACACACACACACACACUGAUAAUGCUCAGUAAACUACAGUUCCAGCGCGUCACUUUUAUAGACUACGCGUACGACGAUAGCCCGGACUGAGUGCGCGAGAGUUAGCAGUCACGCGAUCUUGAUUCUUGGUUAGCUGUUCUUAAAUCUUAAUGCUUUCCCAGCACUAUAUCAUGUAUUCGAUUUAAAUUAAAACAUAUUUGGAAAAACACACAUCGUACUUUUAUUUUGUUAAUCUAGAGCUACAAAUGAAUCUCCCCCCGUAACAAUGCGUGACAUUGAGUACGAUAUUGCCAAUCACGCUAUUAUAUUGCGUGCUAACGACGUUGACGGAAAAAUCCAAUUCAACCUAUGGAGUUACUGUACAGCCGGCGAUUCUUUAACCUUUAAUCUUAGCCGGACGAGUAAUGAAGUAUAUAGCAAGAAUAUAUUAAUGCCGACAUCCUAACGAAGGCCCUUUUGCAUGAGGGUGGGAAAGGGUAUUUUCGUGAGCCGUGAAUGGUCAAUAUUUGUUCGCGUGAAAUGUGAAAUGCUUGAUUUUAGUGUCGUGAAAUGUGAUUUGUUCUACAACCGUGAGGUGUGAUUGUCGAUAAAAAUGCUCCGUGAAAUGAGAAUUAAAGUGUCUGAUUCGUGAACUGUGAUUUUGCUUUGUUUAUUUCGAUCUAUUUUAUAAUAGUCAUAAUAAACAUGAUACGCGAUAAUCCAUUUAUAUGAUCGAUCUCACUCGACCGCACAAGAGUAAAAACUUCGGAGACCUUUCGGAGGUCGUCGGACAUACUCGUCACUCAAACUUGUGAGUCAUGAUGUAGUUUUAACUGACAGGUAGAGAAGUGAGAGAACUUAAAGCGUAGAUACUGUACCAUGCAUUAAACAUACUCUUAAUAAACCUAUUAUAUUAUUUUAUUAGAAUCUAGUUUUCCAUGAAAUUGUUUUUUUAAGACACGUGAAUCGUGAAACGGCUUUUUUUUUCGUUGUGAAACGUGAUCCAUACCCCCCCUUUCCCACCCUCUUGCAUUGAAAUGCAUGAGAUCAGUGCUUUUCCUCCAAAUCGGUUGAUUUCCAGUCAUGCAUGUUUGUCAUUUGCAUUUACCGAGGUCUACCUACCGCUAAGCUCAGAAACAAAGGUGUAUACCGAUCGUGUCAGACUAAAAGCAAAAAGAAAUGGAAUCACCGCUGAAAACAAGUCAAAACAAUGAGUGCGGCGAUUUCUAAUGAAAAGACGCCGAAACUUCCGAUUACUGGAUCGUGACUGGAUAACACUUUGUCACGUUCGUCGCUGUUCAAGUGUUUGAUUUGGUCGUGUCAGCACAAUCACGUGACAUUAUUUAUAGCAGAUCUGCUCAUGCCUGGGUUUACACGACAAACGUUUCUUUCAUUAAAGCGUGGUUGAAGUGAAACCUACUAACUAUAAAAACACUAUAAAUUUAAAUGCUAUAUUUUGAGUCUAUUACAGAGGCUUCGUGGGGCAAGUUGGGGCAAGCAUAUUGGGUUGGCAUGUGGCGUGGGGGAAUUAACUCUUACCUACACUACGGAGAGGAGUGGGUGGAUUCGAACUAUAUUUGUCGUUGAGCUUUAAAACAUCUUGCUAUCGUUACGUCGCCAAAACGUCUUAAGCCCCUCAAGGUUGCUAAGAAAUUAACAAAAUUAUUUGAAGUGAUGUCAAUUGUGGUUAGGCCUGCAGGGAAUAUUAAAUUUUCAGUGCACGUCAAUAGACUGUCGUGGUGAUAGAUUCUACAAUUAGGUCUGAAAACUUAUUGCAUCAUUGCUAAAGUGAGCCGGAAUGAUAAACUACGACAUAGUUUGUUAGCGUCAUUCUGUGAGUGUCCGCCUAUGACUGCUGCUCGUGUGAUACAGACUACAGAAUGAUAGCUGGCUGCAUGCGAAUAGCACGGAGAACAUUUUCAAAACAAUGAAAAGUCAAUGCCAUCAUAAAAAUAGUAAUUUUUCAGUGACUUUAAUAUACAGUAAUUAAAAAGGCGAUUUGCUCAUUUGCAUGCAGAGAACGUGCAUUGUCUAAUGCUAUAAUUGAAAUAAUCACUAUCGAUUAUAAUUAUCAAUAAUUAUCAAAUGACGAUUGUUAUUCAUCAUUCAAUCUGUGUGUGGCCAUGGUUCAUGGGACAAAUCAUUCCUGAUAUUCACUCAUUGUUUGUCUCCCCUACUACGCGCGCAAGUUCGUCUGGGUACACGAAUUACGCAAAUCAAGAUAUUUCGAGACCUUCCGUUUCAUAUUCAAAGACAGUCCAAACGUCAAGGCAUACUCUGGGCGUCAUUUGAAAUUAAGCAUACACACACACAAAUUUAAUAAUUUUUGUAGAUGGAAAUUCUCGAGUGUAAAUUUGAUACGUUUUUGGACCCGACUAGAGCGGUUCCUGGUAGUUUAAACUCGAUAUUUCAAUGAACAAAAACCACAGGGGCAACCUCACCAGGAGAAGGGCUUAUAAUUGUAUUUUUGGCAGUAAGGUAAAAAAAAAACGUAUAAAGUUCACACUCGAGAUUUCCAUCAACAAAAAUCUUCAAUAUUUAGUCGAAAUUCUGAAAUCCUCAAAAUCCAAAAUUAAUAAACCAGCUAUCUUUGCUCCAGUAUACAAAUCAGUCCAUUUUCUAAUUAAUGUAAUUUCAUACCAUAGUGAUGUUCAAUAACCAAUACCAGCCCACAAUUUCAAACGAGACGAGAAUGAGACUGAUGAUAUUUUGGAAUAAAAUCGUUCUCAUAUCUUGUUUUGACCCGUAUAUCCUGAAUUUCAAGACGCUAUUCUUCGGAUUGUUAACCGAAUAUUGUUACUAAUCCAAUAGUCUUUCAUUUUAUUUCUUAGGUAACACCGAACUGUCCAGAAGGAGUAGUCCUGCUUUUAAUUCAGACUUUAGUUGGCUCUUUUAUCGCUGCAACUUUACUGGGGAUCGUAUUUGCCAAAGCAUCGAGGCCUAAAAAGCGUUCACGAACUGUACUGUUCUCGGAAAAGGCCGUCAUCGGAAAACGGGACGACCGUUUUUGCUUAAUGUUCCGAGUCGGGGACCUCAGAGCUUCUCAAUUACUAGAAUGUCAUAUACAAGCGGAAAUGUUUUAUACGAGAGAAACCAAUGAGGGAGAGCUGCCGUAUUUCCAUGAACGAUUAAGUAUUGGCAAUGGAAUCUCAGAAGGCGAAGAGAUAUAUUAUACAUUUAUGAUAAUUCCCAACACCAUAGCACACAUCAUAGACAAAAAUAGUCCACUCUAUGGAAUGAGCAGUCUGGAUAUGUUGAAAGCAAAUGUGGAAAUAGUCGUAGUUUUAGAAGGAGUUAUUGAAAGCACCGGUAUGACUAUGCAAGCGAGAACAUCGUACACAGCACACGAGCUCGUAUGGGGUUGUAAUUUUACUCCAUUACCACGCCAUGAUGACCUAGUUCCCAAAGGCCAGCUAAUGGUGGAUUUUUGUCAUUUUAAUAAACUGCAACCGGUUAGGAACAUGCCUGUUUGUUCCGCAAGAGAUUACGAGCGGUUACGAAGGGAAACACAGAGUGUUAGCCGUGGGGUAGGAGACGUCAAUGAUCCUAGUGGUACAAUUGGGGUGAAUAAGGAACAUGACACUACACUUGGGGUAAAUAAUAGACAUGACAGUACAGUUGGGGUGAAUAAGAAACACACUGAUACACAGGACAAGAAAGGUGUGUCCUCAAAUUCCAGUGAUGAAUGCGAGGUUAUUCAAAAUGGACUGGUGGCUAAAUCAUUACCGGAAACGAACAGCAGGGUAUUGGACACUACUCCGGAGGAAACUGAAGACGAGGUAGCCUGCGAACAGGCUCUCUAG